CUGUCUUUCGCUUUCCUCAAACCCUAGCAACUCCUUAGCAAGAGAGAAGGGAAAUUAAAGAUGAUGGUGCGUGAGAGGAUCUUGCCAGAAAGGUGGCAGUGCACGUAUUGGACAUGUUUGGGCAUUUUGGGGCUCAUCGCAGUCAUCUUCACAGUCCUCGGCAUUGUCUUCAUCAGCAUUGGAAUGACACAGGCCGCCAUUGGCUUCUUCGCUGCGGCUGUAUUAAUCAUCUUCUACAUAAUCAGUUUUGUUGCUUCCAGAUUCAACAGUGGUGUUCCUCAAGAACAACAAAAUCAGAACCAGAUGCAGCUUCUUGCUGCUAUGUGUAUGGGAAUCAGGGAUCACCCUUUGGCUCAAUGGAUCAUUAGGAAGUCGAGAGAUGUUCGUGGUCCACCACCUGCACCUCAGGGACAUGAUCAGAGAGCGGUGGAGAUGGUGCCAAUGGCUGAUCAGAGAUGAAACCAGUAUGGACUUUAUUUGAUAUCAUAUGUAGAUAGUGCUAGUGCUUGAUGUUUGAUGCUUUAAUUCUUGUAUUUAGGGUGUGGAACUCAUAUAUAUAUAUAUAUAUAUAUGUAGCUAUACUGCAUGAUAUAUGUUGAUUCUUGAGUUCUUGUUAGUAGGGUUUGGAAAUCAAAGCUAGGUAUGUGGUUUCUUGCAUAGAGAAUGCAUUUUGUACAUGCGUGCAGAUGUGAAUAAUGGAAGAACUUGUGGGGGUAUGUACAUUCAUUGAAGAUGAAGUGAAGGCAACGUAA